CAACCAGAAGCAGCCAGUGCAGACAGCUGGCUUGAACCAGGAGGCAGAGGUGGGGGGGUGAACCUUCUGAACCUGCUGUCUCUGUACGAGUGACAGGGGCAGAUAAAGGAUGACAGAAGAGAUGACUGACUGACUCUCAGUCGUCAUCCCGGGCCAUUUGCUGUUAGGCAUGCUUCUCUCUGCCAGGACAGCGUCUCUUUCCCUCCCUCCCUCUCCCUGUCUGUCUGUUCCCCUUUGGCCCUGCUAGCUGCUGCUCUAUGAGGAGACAGUCACUGCCACUCUCCUCUCCCUGUCCCUUCACGGCUUUGUCUAACAACCCCAAGUAGGGUUGUCUUUGGGUUGCUGAGGAGACAGUGUCCCCAUUGAUUGCACUGCAAACUUGCUUCCUCGUGCAUUUGGAGGACUGUUAAAUGGUGCAACUGUGCACAAACAGCACACCUGCAGCUACAGUUGAUGCUCGUAGUCCUCGCCGCCUUCUCACUUCCCAGCAUUCUUUACCUGGGAUCCCAGUGGCCUUGAAACAAUCCAUUGACCUGCGCACCUCCAUGGACGGGAAAUACAAGGAGAUAGCUGAGGAGCUUUUCUCCCGCAGCCUGGCAGAAAGCGAGAUGCGAAGCGCUCCGUAUGAGUUUCCUGAGGACAGCCCCAUUGAACAGCUGGAGGAGAAGCGCCAUCGCCUUGAGCGGCAAAUUAGCCAAGAUGUCAAGUUUGAACCAGACAUCCUCCUCCGAGCAAAGCAGGACUUCAUGAAGACUGAUAGUGCCACGGAUCUCGAAUUCAUGAAGGAGCAGAGCGAGGCUUCAGACCAGCAGGAGAGAGAGCCGGUUACUGAGAGAGAAUACCAAAGAGUCACUAUUUCUGGAGAGGAAAAAUGCGGGGUCCCGUUCACAGAUCUGUUGGAUGCUGCCAAAUGUGUGGUGAAGGCUCUGUUCAUCAGGCAGAAGUACAUGAGUCUGUCGCUGCAGAGCUUCUGCAGAACCACCACUCGCUACCUGCAGGAGCUGAGCGAAAGACCUCUGGACCUCGACAUCUACGAGGAGGAGAUCCCAGAGACCUCAACCAAUGCAGAUGCCACCGUGCACCCACCUGCUUCUGACAAGCACCCGUAUGAGAACCAGGACCCUACCAGCAUGCCCUCUGACAUGGGCUACGGCUGUAAGAUGGUGAAUGGCGUCAUGCACGUCUAUACAACGAGGGACGUUAUGGAAAAGAACACAGAGCUGGACCUGCCAUAUCCAGACCUGCAGGAGUACAUCGCCGAUAUGAACAUCAUGAUGGCCCUCAUUAUUAAUGGACCAGUAAAGUCCUUCUGCUAUCGUCGGCUACAGUACCUCAGCUCCAAAUUUCAGAUGCACAUUUUGCUGAAUGAGAUGAAGGAGCUGGCAGCACAGAAGAAAGUCCCCCACCGAGAUUUCUACAAUAUUCGAAAGGUGGACACUCACAUUCAUGCUUCAUCUUGCAUGAACCAGAAGCACCUUCUACGUUUUAUCAAAAGGGCCAUGAAGAAGUACCCUAAAGAGAUUGUGCACGUAGAGAGGGGAAAGGGUCAGACGCUCAUGGAGGUGUUUGAGAGCAUGAAUCUGACGGCCUUCGACCUCAGUGUUGACACUCUGGACAUGCAUGCUGACCGUAACACAUUCCAUAGGUUUGACAAAUUCAACGCCAAGUACAACCCUAUUGGUGAAUCCAUCCUGAGAGAGAUCUUCAUUAAAACUGACAACUACAUCAAGGGGAAGUACUUUGGUCACAUAAUAAAGGAAGUGAUGGCUGACCUGGAGGAGAGUAAGUACCAGAACGUGGAGCUCAGGUUGUCCAUCUACGGACGUUCCAGAGACGAAUGGGACAAGCUAGCCAAGUGGGCCGUCAAAUAUCAGGUCUUCUCCAACAACGUGCGCUGGCUUGUACAAAUUCCCCGACUCUUUGAUGUCUACCACACAAAGAGACAACUGUCCACCUUCCAGGAGUUGUUGGAGAACAUCUUCAUGCCUCUGUUUGAGGUCACCAUCAGCCCCAGCAGCCACCCAGAGCUGCACCUCUUCCUUCAACAUGUAGUUGGUUUUGACAGCGUGGAUGAUGAGUCCAAACCAGAGCUGCACAUCUUCAACAUGGACAGUCCUCUGCCAGCCAAAUGGACAGAGGAGGACAACCCGCCCUAUUCCUACUACCUCUACUAUAUGUAUGCAAACAUGACUGUGCUGAAUCACCUGCGCAGGCAGCGUGGGUUUCACACACUUGUUCUGCGUCCACACUGUGGGGAGGCAGGGCCGAUCCAUCACCUGGUGUCUGGUUUUAUGUUGUCAGAGAGCAUCUCCCACGGGCUGCUGCUCAGGAAGGCUCCUGUGCUGCAGUAUCUGUACUAUUUGGCUCAGAUAGGCAUCGCCAUGUCUCCUCUCAGCAACAACAGCCUGUUCCUCAGCUACCAUCGUAACCCGCUGCCAGAGUAUCUGUCCAGAGGGCUCAUGGUCUCCCUGUCUACAGACGACCCUCUGCAGUUUCACUUCACAAAGGAGCCACUGAUGGAGGAGUACAGCAUUGCUGCUCAGGUGUGGAAACUGAGCUCCUGUGACAUGUGUGAACUAGCCAGAAACAGCGUGUUAAUGAGCGGAUUCUCUCAUGAGAUGAAGAGCUACUGGCUCGGACCAAACUACAUUAAAGAAGGACAGGAGAGCAACGACAUCAGGCGCUCCAACGUGCCCGACAUCCGUGUGGCCUACCGCUACGAGACCAUGUGUGAGGAGUUAAACCUAAUCACACAGGCCAUUCGCACAGAUGAGCUAGAGACCAUCGAGGAGGAAGGGGCUCUGUGCAUGGGAGCAGUGCAUGCAGAGAAGUGAAGCAGCAGCACAACACCAAGAUCACCAUAGUCCCCACUGUCUUUGCUCGUGAACACAUCACACCUUGGAGAGGAGAAAAACUUCCUUGCGGGAGUUUUAUUGGAGCUGGUGCUGCCGAGAAGGCAUGUCUGAUAAUUCUAUCCUUUAUUUAUUUAAUUUGUGUUUUUAAUUUUACAAUAUUUCUUAAACUGUUGAAGAAAUCUGUUUUUGUCUGCAUUUCUGAAUGAUGUCAGCAACUUCUUAAAACCAAAUCUUGGACAAUAUUCUUUGUAUUUUCCGCACCAUAAGGCUCACCUGAUUAUAGGGCGCACAGCCAAUCAGCGUCCUAGUUAAAGGUUUAGUCUGCACAUGAAGUUCCAUAGCAGCUAUAAAAAUUGUUCAACAGCAAUACUGAAAAAAAGCACUCACAUUUUUUUUUCAUUCCUCAUCCAUAAAUCCCUCAAAAUCCUCAUCCUUCAUGUUUGACAUGAAGAACUGACCCAGCACUGAACCCAGCAUGCUCGGCUCCGACGCGCCCGGCUCAUCGCCGUCAGAGUCAAUGUCACUGUCGUUGCUCGGCUCUCCCGUUGUGAUCCCGGCCUUGGUGAAAGCUCAAACAACAGCCUGGACAGAAACGUUGGCCCAGGCAUCAGCGAUCCACUCACAGAUGGUGGCAUAAGUCGAUCGGCGCUGCCUGCCCGUCUUGGUGAACAUGUGUUCGCCAUCAGUCAUCCAGCGUUUCCAUGCUGCUCAGACUUUCGCUUUGAAGGACCGGUUCAUCCCGAUGUCCAGCAGCUGGAGUUCUUUGGUUAAUCCACCCGGUAUGAUGGUGAGCUCCGUGUUCAUCCUCUUCACUUGGAUUUUAACUGCGUCUGUGAGAUGGGCCCGCAUGGAGUCACAGAUCAGCAUGGCUGGAGAAGUGUGGAAGAAGCCGUCCCGUCUUUUGGUGUACACCUCCUGCAGCCACGCCGCCAUCAUGUCCUCAUCCAUCCAGCCCUUCGGGUUCAUCUUGAUGAUCACGCCGGCGGGAAACUUUUCUUUGGGUAAAGUUUUCCGCUUGAAGAGGACCAUCGGCAGCAGCUUCUGGCCAUCAGCCUGGCAGGCAAGCACGACGGUGAAGCAGGACUUCUCGUGGCUGGUCGUCCACACAGACACUGUGCUGGUCCCCAUUUUCUCAACGGUCCGGUUCACCGGGAUGUCGAAAGUAAGCAGGACCUCGUCCAUGUUGGUGAUGUGCUGGGGCCGGAUGUUUUUGUCUGCCAUCUUCUUAGUGCAAUAGGAGCGGAACAUCUCUAGCUUCUCAGCGUCAUCUUUUGUUUGGUGAGGGUGGGCGGUGCUACAGGCCGGCUCUUUGUUUUCCUGCGGACGCCGGUGUGGCUGGCUUCACUUGCGUCCUUAAUACAUGUAUAAAAGGCGCACUGCCGGUUCAAGGGACGAUCAAAGGUUUUUAAUUGCGCCUUGUGGUGCGGAAAAUACGGUACUUUACACUUGGUUCAAACGUCGACUAACGAAAGAGACCAUUUGGAAUGUUUUUGUGGAAAGAAGAGUUAUUGUUUCAGUCUGAGUCUGGGCUAAAGGCACUGGGGUUCUCUUGUUAUUUGGGGGAUCUUGUCAGUAGAUGUUUUAGGGAUAACACAGAGUCAAGCAGGACAUCAAUGUUAGGGAAGAUAAUACCACAAGAAUGUGUGCAACAGAGCAAUGUCUAACUUUUAGUUGAUGAUACAGCACAUCAAUAAUAAAUACUUAUUAAAUUAAAUUAAAUUAAAUUAAAUUAAAUUAAAUUUAAAUUUAAUUGCGCUGUAUAGCACCAAAAAUUAACCAAACGUUAAAAUUGGCAUGUCUAAACCACGAGACUAUUUACACAUUUAUUAAAUUAAAUAGGCUUUAAGGACUCGAUGGAGAUGUGAGUCAGAACACCGACCUUCCUUUUUUACAGUGUUGUUCUAACAAAAAACUAAUUUAACAGAUAAGAGAAAAUAAUUAAGGAUCAGACUAGAAGCACAUAUCCAUGUGAGCUGACUUCUAAAGUGUCUCAUGUUGCUUUUCUAUCAGAAAACCCUUUUUUGGUUACAUAAUUCUGCCUUUGCAGGCUUUACAGUGCUUCAGUGAGGUUGCAUGAGGACACGUCAAUAUUUGCUUCUUGUGUGAAGCGAUACUACACAUAUGUAGUAUCGUAUACUUAUACUUGUUGAUAAUAUUAUUUCUACUGAAGGUUUGAACGUUGAUUCUUCACCGUGUGUCCUUUACAGAUUUGUCAAAAAUGUGUUUAACAAAGGUUAAUAGUGCAUGAUGUCCUUCUUGAGCUGUUCCUCUUUGCACAAUAAAAACACUGUCCUAAAUUUACAAGUAAAUAUUAAUGAACUGAAGGUUGAAUGAUCUAAAAAAAAACUUUGAACCUUCUUGUCUUUGAUGUGACUCCUGGUGUCAUCAGUAGGACUAUUUUUAAUGAAUAUUAAAGAACAUUGCUCUCUGACUGAUGAACAAGCUGUUUGUAAAAUAUUCUUUAUUGCCAUGUGUGUCUGUUAAGAAUAAACAUUAUUCAUGUUGC